AUGAUCCUCAGGGUUUAGGCCCUCUUUGCAAGUAUACUAUAAAUGGCUGUAGAUAAUGUAAUAGUAACAUUUGCUAUUAAUGUUUAGAUGGAUUUUAUCUUAACUCAUUAAAUUAAUGCCAAUCGUGUAGUGAUAUUUUAGGCUAAUUUGUAGCUACUUGCUCUUUAAUUGAUGGCUCUAAUAAUAUUCAAAUAGACUCUUGCAUUUAGGGUUAUUACUUAAACUCAGAUAAUAGUUAAUGUAUCCCUUGUAGUCCUUAUUGCACAUCAUGUAUAGAUGAUUAAACUUGUGUUAAAUGUGAUAAUGGUAGUUAUUUGUUUAAUCAAUAGUGCUACCCUUGUUAAGUCAAUAAUUCCAAAUGUUGCUUUUAAGAUCCAUUUAAAGGCUGUAAUAUUUGCAAAUAGUCAUAUUAUAAAGAUGAUAAAAAUCACUGUAUUAAAUGUAUUUAAAAUUGUUUAAGCUGUUCAAACGCAAAUUCUUGUGAUUAGUGUAAAAGCGGAUAUUUUUAUGAUUACUACUAACUGA